GCGCAAGAUGGCGGCCACCACGGGUGCGGGCGCCAGCAGGCAAGGCUGAAGCCAGGCAGCAAGCUUCAGGCAUCGCACAGCUGUGAGUCAUUCCCCAUCGCCAGCAAUGCCGUGCAUCUGCUGCAGCAGAAAUUGUGAAAUAGGGAGUGUGUGAGUAAAAGUUCCUCGUAAUUUUCGUCUGUUGGAAGAACUUGAAGAAGGUCAGAAGGGAGUAGGUGAUGGAACAGUUAGCUGGGGCCUUGAAGAUGAUGAAGAUAUGACACUUACAAGAUGGACAGGAAUGAUUAUUGGGCCUCCAAGAACAAUUUAUGAAAACAGAAUAUACAGCCUUAAAAUAGAAUGUGGGCCUAAGUAUCCAGAAGCACCUCCAUUUGUAAGAUUUGUAACAAAAAUUAAUAUGAAUGGAGUAAAUAGUUCUAAUGGAGUGGUGGACCCCAGAGCCAUAUCAGUCCUAGCAAAAUGGCAGAAUUCUUAUAGUAUCAAAGUUGUUCUGCAAGAGCUUCGGCGUCUAAUGAUGUCUAAAGAAAAUAUGAAACUUCCUCAGCCACCUGAAGGACAAUGUUACAGCAAUUAAUUAAAAAACAAAACAAAACAAACAAAACAAACAUGCCCCCCUUAUUCAAUUUAAGCUGUCUUCAUUUUCCACAGUAGUAAAUUUUCUAGAUGCAUCUUGUAGACCUCAAAAUACUGGAAAGGAAGUUCCCAUUCAAAGGAAGUUUUUCUUGAGAUACUGUAAAUGAUACUAAUUUUUUUUCAUUUGAAAUAUAAGUUGUGCUAUAACAAAUAAUCCUGUCGUGUAACCACUGUCCACAUAGCUGAACUUCUGGUAUCAGGAAAAGUCUAUUUAAAUUUAUUACUGUCAAGACCAGUGUGGCACAUCUAACUUAACUGUGAAAGCAUACAUCCCACAAUCACCUUGCUGUGUGUCUGGCCUGGGUUGUUUUUUUUUUUUUUUUUUCUUUUUCUGUCUUUUGCAAUAGAGUCGAAGCUCAGGGCUAUUUAUUAGAGUAGACACAAAGGUUUUUGCUUCCAGUAUUACACUGGGCUUUAUGGACUACUAAUGGGGAUGCGUGCUAACCUCAGUCAUCCCUCCCUUUGUGCUAUCUCUAGUAAAGGCUGAAUGUGACUGUGGUCGUUUUUGGUUUUUUAUUAUUUGUUUUUAAAUGCCCUGAUAAUCUGGGGCAAGCUUUCCUUCUUCCCUUUGGCCAAGGCAUAGAUUGUAUUUCUCUUCCUGGUCCCCCUCACCAGUGGCGUGGGCUUUGGGUGAGGGAUUCGGGGUUCUUUUAAUCUCUUCCCUCUUCCCCUCUUUUUAGUGGGGGUGCUGCUUUCGUUUUGCCCCUCUUUGUGACUCUUCUCACCCCUGGCCAGCAGGGGUAAGUGUUGGGGCAAUAACUUGACCUUUUCCCUCCUGCUUAUCAUUUUGGUUUUGCGACAAAUUUAGUCUUCACCAGCCUGGGAAACAAGAGUAUCUAUUCUGCUCGCAAACUUGGGUUUUCCCUGUCCCUCCAGCACUGCUGCCACACCGCCAAGCUGGCCACGGCUGAUGUUAUUAGAUAGGCUUUUGACGUGGUGAAAAGAGCAGUAAUUUACCAGGAUUGCCGAAAUCUUCUGCUGCCAAACUUUAAUGGGGAAACGCCGCAUGUAGAGAUUCUGAACACACACUCCAGCUCUAAUAGUUGUAUUUUGGUGCUGUGGAUUGACCCAAGAAUGUUAACGAAUGAAAUGUUGCACUUUUGUUUGGCCCUUCUAAAGACGUGACGACUACAGACAAAUCAAAUCAGCGUAGUAGAUUUUAUUAGAAUUCUGUAAGUCUUGGGAGAGAAAUCUCUUCAGUGAAGAUUUUGGGGAAGUGGUGCAUACAGCAGAUUAAGGACCUUAAUUGGCUUUGCAUCCUGGCAAAUCACUGCCUUUUCUGGUUUACUGUUUUGGACCACUAACUGCUGAAAUGUGGAUGCAAGCUUACAUACAACCAACCUAGUGUGUCCUAAGUUUUAUGACAAAUUCAGUGUUUGUGUAAAAAAAAAAAAAAAAAAAAAAAAAAAAAAAAAAGGAGGAGAAAAAAGUAAAAAUAAACACAUUUUAAAGCAGCAGCUAUCAAGUCAAUGAACAAUUGAUGUUUCCAUUAACUCUUUGGAGGAAAAUAUUAGUUGUAAGGAUUUAACAUCCUCUGUAAUUAAAGUUUAACAUAACAGUAUUCCAUAAGCAGCCUUUUUAUUGUAUCAGACCAUUGCCUGAUUUUAAUAUAAUAAAAAGUGUGCAUUAAUAUUAGAAGGCUUUAAUUGUAUUUAUGUUUAGAAUUUUGAUCCCUUAUGGAAUUCUUGAUCUGUUGGAAGUAUCUUCCUACAGAUCACAUUUAGCUAACAGUAUGUAAACUGGUGGUGAAAGGCAAUUGUCUUUAUCCAGCUGCUGCUGCUGUGCCAAGGAGAAUCUUUAGUUUUAUUUUAAACCUCAGACUCACAUCUGGCAGUCGGUAACGCUACGUGAUGCGAAGGAACAGCUGAAAGGAAUUUCUAGAUGCAUGUGCUGUCUGAAGGUGCUCUGUCGUUGCAGUGACCUUUAUGUGCUGUAGUCCUGAGGGAAUCAAAUCCCCGUACAGUUGCAUGUUAUGCUGUCUGGCAAGUUCAAGGGGAACUUCACAACCUGAUAUUUUACCUGUUUUCCCUCAAAUAGCAAAGUGUAAAAAGCUGACCUUCUCUUCAAAUCUGGAUAAAAACGGGGCUGUGAAAUUUUGGCCUUUUCCAAGUGUAAGAGUGUCUCUGCUUCAGAAGGUGCUCGUUGUGCAUUCACUUCAGCCUGGUGGUGGAACAAGGUUCUUCCUGGGCUAGGAAUGAAAAAGGGAAUGACCUUUGGUGAAACUUUGUGAAACUUGCUGCUGGCUUCCUGGAAUACUACUCAAUCCUUUGGUUGAUCAGAGGGUAUCUGUGAAGACAAUGGGACUAAUACUUUGUCGGCAUUGUGUGCGUGUUUAUUUAAAAUAACUUGGUAUCUAAAGAUGUUAAAUGGGAAUCGGAACAACGCUUGAUAAUUAUAGCGGGCUGCUUGAUUAUCUCUGUUUUUUAGAGUUGUUGUAAGAGUGCCCUUCCCCUCUUCGGGAGGAUACGGCUGGUGCAUGUUUGGGGCCUCCCCCAGCUUUCGUACUUCAAGUAAUGGUUUUAAAACCUUGAAACUGUCUGUUUUGCUUUGCAAGUUGUACAGGUUAGAGCAUUCCACCCCGACCUGGGCCGUGCUGCGCCAGGAGCUCUGCUGGCAAGAGCCGUGUGUUAACAGCAUUUGCCAUACAAGGCUGGGUGGUGCUUUAAAUAAAAAAAAAAGGGGUUCACUGUAAAUUUUGUCACCUAGGAGUUGCACUCUUUGAACACGUCAGUGCUCCGGUGCACUGCUGUUCCACUCAACCAAGCAGGAGCAGUACGGAAAAAUAAUGCCCUAAGAGUCAGCUGCUGUUGAAUCUACGUGUUGUAGCUUUGUCAGUGCAUGCGACCGGCAAACUACGCAGUGGAAGAGACCAGUCAUCCCGCAGCCUGGUUCCUCCUUUAUGUUUCAGAAACGAGGUGGGGAAACAGAACCGUGCCUUGCCUGUAUUUAUCCUACCUCUGGCAGUGGAAAGGCAAGGUCUUUAGUUGAUCCCCACUAACCGUCCUGAACCGAUGUCUCUUAAGAGAAAGAUACGAAGGGAUAAUAAAUAAAAGAAGUGUAUUGGCCGUAAAAUAAAUGCUGUUCCUUGGAGUGGGUGCUGCUGGGGGUGGCUGGAGCAGGAGACUGGUGUGAGCAGGAGGUGGCCAUGGGGCUGCCCCGUCCUCUUCCUGCGGAGGGUCUGCGAGCCAUCCUGUCCCAAAUGGACCGGGCAUUUCCAAGAAUCCCCGCUCUUCACUCCUCUGGAGGCAGGAGGACGGUAGAGGGAGCGAGCGAGCUUCCCAGCGCUCGGCCCUGAGGAAGGUGCGGAUGCUGCUCGGUGUGGAUGUUAAUUCCUCUUGUGGGAGCCACUUUUCAUCUUUGCCCUGAAUCGAUUUCAAUUUUAAAAGCCUGUUUAUCAUGACUUUCUCACUGUACAGGCAUUAACUUGCUAGGGAGAAAACCAGCGCUGCAGCGAGAUUUUAAUAGUCAAUAAAGACUAAUUGUUGUUUGCUUCUUGCUUUGUUGUAAUUAAGCUCUGUGUGUGUGUAGGGAGUAUAUGCUUAAAUAUGCCUUUUCUAUACUCUUUCAGCUUCUGGCAGUGGAUUUAAAAUUUAAGUUUCUUCCACUGUCAUUAGAGGAAUAAUUUCUAAGUGAAAAAGUGUCCUCGGCUGCUGUGCGAGAGGCCAGAGCAGUCUGUGGUUCACCCGAGGGCCGUACGGGGAGCAGAGCCGGAGCAGCAGCGCCGAGUGCCCUGUGGCAGCGCCGGGCAGAUGCGAUGGAGAGGAACAGUGUGAAGUUACGCCAGUUUUAACAAGGGAAACAAAACCCAGCAGAGAUACGCAGUGGGACACGCUCCUACUCCUUUGCCAAAUACCAGCCUUUGUAGUGUCUUGCCAGGGUUGUAGGAGCAGUUUGAGGCUUCCCUCGCUGUUUGUGGGAAUGGGCCGUUAGGCGUUUGAGGUCAGUGCUUUACCUACAGGACAGUGUUUCCUACAGCAAGAAACAGCGUAGUGAAUUCAGUAUUUUUUUCCAAGCUGGCACCAGCUUACGCUGAAACAAGGGAGUUCCAGUUCUGCACGUACCUGUAAAUGUGUCUGCUUCAAGCGCUGCUUACCUUGAGCUGAAAGAAGGUGAAGAGAAUUUGAUAGUGAUAGUCUUAAUAUCUAAAUUUUUUUUACAUAUUAUUUUAUAUUUAAGAAGCAUUUUCUGAUGGCUUAGAGUUUUCCGAAGUCAGUGGAAAUUGCCAUACUGCAUUAAUCUUUGGCUAGGGUGCUUUCCAAAGGCAUGCUAACCUUGCUGUUGACUAGAAUUCAGGUCCCUUAAUAGCUUCUUCUUUUCUCUGGUCUUGCUGUAGCAGAUUGCUGGAGAAUGUGCUUAACUUUCAAGCCUGUGAAGAGCCCCAGUGAAGUAAAAUUUAAGUUAGGCGCAUGCUUAAGUGCUUUGUUGGACCGGAGCCAGGGCGCUCAGCCUCUGCGAGGAAAAGAGACUUUUUUAGCUUUUAUUGAGCAUCUUCUUCCUAGCCCUCCUCUCUUGGUGCUACGUCCUUGGUGCUUGUGCCUUUACAUUUCGCGUCCCCGCCCCCCCCCAACAUCUUCCACAUUUGUUGUAACAAAAAAGCAAAGAGCAGAAGACGACGUGGAGGAUAAGGAGAUAAGCUAGAUUCUCAUCAUUUUAUAUCUGUCAAGCAUCUUGUCACCUUUUUCAUCCUUAUCUCCUUUCAAAUAAAGCCUACAAAGGGUUUUCAGAAA